AUGGACCAUAGCUACGGCACCCGGCUGAAGGACCGGGUCAAAGAGGAAGAGGCUCGUGCCCGUUCUCAAGCGAAGCAAAAGGCGGCUAACGUCAAGGUGGUACCCCGGCUUCGUCCGAUAGCCUACGAUGUCAGCGACAUCGACCACUCGGCCCCGCUCGAGCUAAUCGCCGCCCUGGAGGUAAACGGAGAGCAAUUCUAUUUCACGGGGGAACUGGUGCCGCUAAAUCGUCGUGGUUUCAAGUACAAGCCGUGUCGGGCUCAGCCAAACUUCAAAGCCAACAUAUACGCCACCACCGAAGUGGAGCCGGCCCAGGCGCGAUUCAGCUACUCCGACAGAGCUCAAGCAAUGCAAUUGAACGCGUCGGCGACCCAGUGUACCGUGGACGAAGGCUGGCGGCUGGUACGGGCCAACGUCGGAAUCAGAGAGGGCACCUACUACUUUGAGUUUAAUAUUGUGCGAGCUAAUCGGGGUCAAGGACACGUCCGGGUGGGUAUUGCUCGGAAAGAAGCUAAUCUUGAAGCUCCCGUGGGGUUUGAUGGCUACAGUUAUGGUAUCCGUGAUGUUAGUGGUGAGCUUAUGACACUACUGCGACCUCAAGGCCAAUUAGUGGAGGAAGGGUUUGGUGAUGGCGACGUGAUUGGCUUCUUGGUGGAGUUCCCAUCAUUACAGGAUCAUCGCCAGGCAGUGGACCAGUUUAUUCAAUCGGUGGGCGGUAAAGCACUGCUGAAUAAGCGCCGUAAGAAGGGACCGGAAACUUCAGGGUUCACCGAAUUCGGCAAUAUUGUCCGUGACCAAGUGCCGAUAAAGUUCAAAAACGAGUUAUACUUUGAACAGUUUGAGUAUACUGCCAGCGAUCUGAUGAACCAUUUGCUUAACCCAGUGACGGUGUUUGGGGAGAAGGCUGUGAUUGAACAGGAGCUCCAGCUGCGACUCCUGUCUAACCUUCCGAGAAUUGCUGGGUCAAAGAUUACCAUAUUCAAAAACGGUACUGCGGUGGGUGAACCAUUGGAAAACGUCUACAGUUUCUUACCUACAUCAGUGGAGAACGACCAGGUGGGGUAUAACGCGGUGCAAGCGCAGAAUAAUAAUUAUAGAAACACUGACGACGGCACGCUUGGAUACUACCCGAUGGCACUGUGUUUCAAAGGCGGGGUGGUGGAAUUGAAUGCUGGUCCUGACUUCCAGUACCCUGUGGAAGGGGCGCGACCGUUAAGUGAACGGUUUGACGACCAAGUGAUUAGUGAGUGGUACUGGGACCUCGUCGAUGAAGUUGAGGCCGAGUACUUGGACAGUUUCUUUGAGUGA